CAGCUUCUUUGGUAUCAAGGCAAAAACGGAAGAACUGGAUGCUGGGAAAGAGGAUGAAGAUACCGAGAGUUUGCAGUCUUUUAAAAGUUAUUCUUCUGGUUUUAGUUUCCACAGGAAGGAAAGCUAUGGGUCUGAAUAUUCUGAUGACGAUGAUUUAUUCUAUGAGAGACCUGCCGGACUGUUCAACAGAAUGAGCCUGAGGAAGGCUUCUGGCUCUGGUCGGAUCCUGAUGGAAGAGACCGAUACAAACUCUACUGCUCCCAUGCUGGCAGCUGAGAAAUAUGCAGAUGGACAAGCUUCAGCUUCCUCUGUACACAGUGACUGUGAACCUUUGGAAUACCUACGAAUUCAAAAAUCCUUCCCUGAAAAUGAAUACAAAAGACACAAAAACUCUGAGGGCAAGAAGUUCAGGACAAGGCUGGCCUUAGCACACAAAUCUCUUUCAAGCUUAUUUGAAUCCAAAUCUCCAGAAAAAGAAAAUACCGAGCAAAGCGCGAGAGUAUCACUGAAAUACGAAAAGGAGAAAGUCAAACUUCGCCAGAGUACCUGGAAAGCUUUUCUAAAAAGCAAGGAGACAGAUGGACUAAAAAGGAUGGUCUUGGCAAACCUAUCACCCACCCAGGAGAGUCUUAACACAAAUAGAGACCAUGUGAUGGGAACAACAUCAGUCGAGAGACAGGGUAUUUCCAAUGGACAAGCAUUUUUGAAAAGAGGAACAGCUAAUGGCUCUGUGAGAGAUGCCUGCUGUUCUGAGCCUUCUGUAGAGCAUAUUGAUGUCUCUUCAUCUCCAGAUAUAUGGAGGAAGCGAAUACAGUCUCAUGACUUGGGCACAAAAUACUCACAGAGUUCAGACUGUGAGGAACAACAGGAGGCCCUGGUCAACACUUUAAAUACUUCUCUAGAUGAAUACUGGGUGAAAUCUCCAUUUAGUCCCAGUGACUUGCAGUUGUCAAGUCCAUCAUGUCCCCAGCUGUCAACUUAUGAAGGUAAAGACAUGCCGUGUAGGCCAAUGAGUCCUAAACCACAGAGCCCACGGUCCACUUCUCAAUGCAAGAGCUUCCAUUAUCCUGGAAGAAUAUGUGCCACUUCCAUGAUCUCUCUUGGGAACAGUGCUGCAGUGGACAGCACUUUGGAAGCUCCCGAGAGGCCCAAGACACUGAAACCCAGAGGUAGUCUUUUACUUUCUGUACACUCGCUGGACAGUGAAUACCAGAAGGAUGACAGUGGGAUAAGCAGUCAAUCCCAGAUCAGCUUAAAUACAGCCUCUUCCAUUAGUGACAUACUCAGAGAUGAGGAGCCUAAACAGCAGUGCCAGACACCACCUGAAAAGAGGCCAAGUGAGAAAUGGAUUCCCCAUCACAAAAGGAGGCCUCCCCAGGUUCCACCAUCCCCACGCCCUCUCUCAGCCCUGGAGAGCCAAGCCCGAAGGCUUUCCUUCCUUGCUCCAGAUGAAAAAGCCAAGGACAUUCCAGAGAGGAGAAGGAAGACACCUAAACCCCUUUAUAAGUGCUUCAGCUUCGAUGAUGUCUGGAUGGAAAGGAACCAAAAAGGGAAGCUAGAGAAGGAGACACAGCCAGAGAGAGGAAUUCAAUUGCAGCACCUCCCAGAGCACCAUUUAAAAGCUGAGAUGGGUGUACCCAUUACUUCUGCCCUUGCCUUUGACGUUCUGCCCCUUAAGCUGCAUCCAUUUUCCCAGAGCACUCCAACAGGCCUGGACUGUGUUGGCUGGAAGCAGCGUGUUGCUUUUCCUGUGCUCGCCGAUGGGGCGCUGGAUAAGUCGGCCCUCACAGACGACGUUGGAAGCGAGGAGGAUCUGUACGAGGACUUCCGGAGCUCCAACCACCGCUACGGCCACGCCGGCGGCGGCGGAGAGCAGCUCGCCAUCAAUGAGCUCAUCAGUGAUGGCAGUGUGGUGUAUGCAGAAGCCCUCUGGGACCAUGUCACGAUGGAUGACCAGGAGCUGGGAUUCAAGGCUGGUGAUGUCAUUGAAGUAAUGGACGCGACCAACAAGGAGUGGUGGUGGGGGAGGAUUCUGGACAGUGAAGGCUGGUUUCCAGCCAGCUUUGUACGGCUUCGAGUAAACCAGGAUGAGCCUAUGGAAGACUACCCUCUAAAGGUAGAGGGUGGCAAAGACGACGACUCCAGCAGUGGCACCCGACGCUUUGGGAUGGGGCAGACCAGCAAAGAUCAGAUGAGGACCAAUGUCAUCAAUGAGAUCAUAAGCACAGAGAGAGACUACAUCAAACAUCUGAAGGACAUCUGCGAGGGUUACAUUAAGCAGUGCCGCAAAAGAGCUGACAUGUUUACAGAAGAGCAGCUGAAGACAAUCUUUGGGAACAUUGAAGACAUCUACAGGUGCCAAAAGAAAUUUGUUAAAGCCCUGGAGAAGAAGUUCAAUAAAGACCACCCACAUUUGAGUGAGGUUGGCUCCUGCUUCUUGGAAUAUCAAACAGAGUUUCAGAUAUACUCCGAGUACUGCAACAACCACCCCAAUGCCUGCAUGGAGCUGUCCCGGCUCACCAAGGUUAACAAGUACGUCUACUUCUUCGAGGCCUGCCGCCUGCUGCAGAAGAUGAUCGACAUCUCCCUGGACGGGUUUCUGCUAACGCCUGUGCAGAAAAUCUGCAAAUACCCAUUGCAACUGGCUGAACUACUCAAAUACACCAACCCCCAGCACAGGGAUUUUAAAGAUGUUGAAGCUGCCUUAAAUGCCAUGAAGAACGUUGCUCGGCUCAUCAACGAGCGCAAGCGGCGGCUGGAGAACAUUGACAAAAUUGCUCAGUGGCAGAGUUCAAUAGAAGACUGGGAGGGUGAAGAUGUCCUAGUCAGAAGCUCAGAACUCAUCUAUUCUGGGGAAUUAACCAAAAUCUCCCAUCCUCAAGCCAAGAGCCAACAGAGGAUGUUCUUCCUUUUUGAUCACCAGCUUGUUUGCUGCAAGAAGGAUCUUCUGCGCCGGGACAUCCUGUAUUAUAAAAGUCGGAUCAACAUGGAUGAUAUGGAAAUACUGGAUGUAGAGGAUGGGAAGGACAAGGAUUUCAACACCAGUGUGAAAAAUGCAUUUAAGCUGCACUGCCAAGACACAGAGGAAGUCCAUUUAUUUUGUGCAAAAAAGCCUGAGCAGAAACAGCGCUGGCUGAAGGCGUUUGAGAGUGAAAGGAGACAGGUUCAGCUUGACCAAGAGACUGGUUUUUCCAUCACGGAGGUGCAGAAAAAGCAGGCAAUGCUGAAUGCCAGCAAGCAGCAGCACACGGGGAAGCCGAAGGCCGUCACCCGRCCCUACUAUGACUUUCUGAUGCGGCAGAAGCACCCCACGCUGCCCACCACGCUCCCGCAGCAGCAAGUCUUCAUGCUGGCAGAGCCCAAGCGCAAGCCCUCGAACUUCUGGCAGAACAUCAGCAGGCUGACCCCCUUCCGGAAGUAGGGGCCGCGCCGCGUUUGUGCCUCCAUCCUUCUGCGAAAGCACUUUAUCCCACACUCCCCGGAGA